CACCACACCUGCAUCGCCAUGACGCCGGCCGCCACCAUGCCUGCACUCGCCGAGGCGCCGCCUGCAGCUGCGCUGGCUGCUGCCACCGCUGUGCCUGCCGAUGCUGCGCGUGCGCGGCCCGACGCCGUGCCAGAGAACGCGCCCGAGCACUGUCCCGGCAUCGAUGCGCCCACGGCCGGCACGUCGUCGGCGUGCCAGGGCUGUGCCAACCAGUCCAUCUGCGCCACGACGCCCAAGGGGCCCGACCCGGACCUGCCGCGCAUCCAGGCGCGCAUGCAGGGUGUGCGCAACAAGAUCCUCGUCAUGAGCGGCAAGGGCGGCGUGGGCAAGAGCACCUUCACCACCAUGCUCGGCAGGGCGUGUGCAGGACAGGCCAAGCAGACGGCGAUCAUGGACCUCGACAUCUGCGGUCCGUCGAUUCCCCUGAUUCUCGGCCUCUCGUCACACUCUGUCCACGCGAGUGCAUCCGGCUGGCAGCCGGCCUUCGUCUCUGAGCACCUCUGUGCCAUGUCGAUCGGCUUCCUGCUGCCGUCGACGUCGAGCGCCGUGAUCUGGCGCGGCCCAAAGAAGAACGCGCUGAUCAAGCAGUUCCUGCUCGACGUCGACUGGACUGGCGGCCUCGCCGACGACUUCCCGGCCGAGGGCUCGAACGCUUCGGCGCCAAACCUCGACUACAUGCUCAUUGACACGCCGCCGGGCACGUCCGACGAGCACCUCAGUAUCGUCUCGCUCCUUGCGCCCACCGGCCUCUCUGGCGCCAUUCUCCUGACGACGCCGCAGGAGGUGUCGCUGCAGGACGUGCGCAAAGAGAUCUCGUUCUGCCGCAAGGUCAACCUGCCGAUCCUCGGCGUCGUCGAGAACAUGGCCGGCUUCGUCUGCCCCUCCUGCCACGGCAACAGCGAUGUCUUCUACCCCAGCACGGGCGGAGCAAAGGCGUUGUGCGAAGAGCUGGACCUGAAGUUCCUGGGCAGCGUGCCGCUGGACCCAAGGAUCGGCAAGUGCUGCGAUCUUGGGGAGGACUUCGUGUACGAGCAUCCCGAGAGUCCGGCCGCGCAGGCCUACGUCGACAUCAUCCGCAAGGUGCAGGAGAUGUGCCCCUGAUCCCGCUCGCAGGCCGUCAAGACUCGCGUCACGCAUUUGUACAACAUCCCGCAUCAUCUCAUUGCCCCCAGUGCCUCCUACACCUCCAAUGCAUAUCGCAUGUGACCUG